AUGAACUCGAUGUCCCUGUCAAUGUCGAUGAUGCCUGGCAUGAGCAUGCCAGAUGCCACAGCGACGACAACAACGGCGUCUGUGUCGACCAAAAGCUCGAUAUUGCCAACAGCAACUUCAUCAGAUAACAAGGGGAGUAUGAGCGGAAUGACUAUGGAUGGCUGUAAGAUAUCUAUGCUCUGGAACUGGUAUACUGUAGAUACUUGCUUUCUAUCCCCUGGAUGGAAGAUUAGAACAGCUGGCGGAUUCGCGGGCCUUUGCAUCGGCAUCAUUCUGAUGACCAUUUUUCUUCAAGCGCUUGGUUGGUUCGCCAAGUUCUAUGACAGGCGUCUUGUCCGAAUACAUGAAAUCCAAGUUGUCGCGCUGGCCACAAAAGUCGCACACAGCAAUGCCGGGACGAACGCCGCCUUGAUCGCUAAGAACGCCCACAACUUGUCACCUACGGCAACGUUCCGCCCAAAUCUGCUAGAGCAAGCUUUCCGUACUCUGAUACGCACCGUCCAGUUCGCGCUCGCGUACUGGAUCAUGUUGAUGGCUAUGUACUACAACGGAUUCAUCAUUAUUUGCAUUAUCAUUGGCACAUUCAUCGGCACCUACAUUUUUCAGUGGGAAAGGAUGGGAGGACCACAUGGUUCUGUGCCAGGAGGUCAUUCUGAACCAACAGGGUGCUGUGGUUGA